UACUGUUCUCGCAUUCAGCUCAUACCUGACAGUCAGUAUAUGACUUUGUAGUAUGAUGACCUGGCUGGAUUCAAAGCACGAAACAGUCGUGUUCUGGAUGAUGUGUACUGGAAAAUUGUACACUGUGAAGUAUUGUUGUUGGUAAAGAUUAAGACAUAAGCGAGUUGUGAAAAGAGAGGGGCAGAUCUCAUUUUGAACAUUUUCGAGUCCUCUUUCUGUUAAGCAGUAACAGUGAAUAACAAUGUCUGAACCCCGAGGAAACUGGUCCAACUGGCUGGAGUUCCUGUUCUCUGUGAUUGGUUCUAUGGUUGGCCUGGGAAAUAUAUGGAGGUUCCCCUACAUCUGCUUUCACAGUGGAGGUGGCAUAGGUUACGGCAUGGUUGUCCUCACUGCCAUCAUCAGCAUCUAUUACAACGUCAUCCUCGCCUGGACCCUCUACUACCUCGCGGGCUCAUUCAGUACAGUCCUUCCUUGGAGCACGUGCGACAACGAGUGGAACACUGACCUUUGCCGCAUAAGGACUGACAAGUCAAAUUCAUCAUACUUGCCUCUACUUGGAAAUGAAACUCUUGUAAAUACUACAUUAUCAGAGCUUGGAACACCCAACAUCUCAAAUCAGAUGUUGGUAAACAUGACCAACCAGACGGUGACACCUUCUGAAGAGUAUUGGAGGCACCACGUGCUUCAGAUGUCCUCGGGAAUCGGAGAAAUGGGAAGUAUCCGGUGGCAGCUACUUCUCUGUUUACUGGGAGCCUGGCUGGUGGUGUUCCUCAGUCUUAUAAAGGGCAUCAAGUCCUCGGGCAAGGUUGUGUACGUUGCGGCAACCGUUCCGUACCUGAUUCUGAUAGCUAUGCUUGUGCGUGGAUUGCUACUUCCGGGUGCUGUAGAAGGAAUCAAGUACUAUACUAUACCACAGUGGACGAAACUCAUGGAUGCGAAGGUAUGGCGUAAUGCUGCUGUCCAGAUGUUCUACUCUGUGGGUAUUGGCAACGGAGGAAUAGUUACCCUGUCUAGCUACAACAGAUUUCACAAUAACUGUUACAGAGAUGCUUUGAUGUUCCCUGUGUUGGACUGUCUCACCAGCUGGUUUGCAGGGUUCAUCAUCUUCGUGUUUCUGGGCUUCAUGGCCAACCAAUCCAACCUGCCCAUCUCGGAGGUCGUCAAAGAAGGGCCUGGUCUUGCUUUCAUGGCGUAUCCCGAUGCUGUGACGACGAUGCCGUUGCCGCAGUUGUGGUCCUGUCUCUUCUUCUUGAUGCUGUUUACAGUGGGACUUGAUAGUCAGUUCGUCCACGUCCAGACGAUGGUUAGCGCCAUCACCGAUGCCUUCCCAAGAACCCUCGGACACCGGAAGCUCCUGGUCACAGCUGGCGUGUGUUUGACUGGGUUUAUUCUAGGGCUGUCAUGCGUUACUCAAGGAGGUAUCUACGUGCUGACGCUACUGGACUGGUACAUCGGGAGUUUUUCACUCGUGGUGCUGGCGAUGUCGGAAAUGUUGGUUCUAGCGUGGAUAUAUGGUGUAAAUCGCCUGUAUGAUGAUCUGACGAUGAUGAUUGGAUACCGAGUGUCUCCUGUAUGGAAGCCCAUGUGGCUCGUCGUCACUCCUCUGUUCGUCUUCAUUUUGCUUAUUGCUGGACUUACCAACAUGUCCCCAGUACCUCUUGGCGGAAAGAAUUUUCCUUCUUGGGCACAGGCGAUUGGUUGGCUAAUAGCCACGUGUCCUCUACUGCCAAUCCCGGUUGGCAUGGUGCUUGCCAUCUGGAAUGAAACAGAUGGUUCGUUGAAAGAGAGGCUGAUCCAAGCAACCAAACCCAGGAAGGAAUGGCGACCAGCACUCGGUGUCGAUACUGGACAAGGGAGGGACGACAUGGACAUGAGGACAAGAGAAAUGCUCCUCAGUGAUGACCAUAGUUACAUGAAGUGACGAGGACUAUUCAGGCAAGAUUUCAUAGACAGCGGUCAAGCUAUCAGUUGAACUAACUUUACGCUGUUGGUUAAAUCGUUGCAAUUGAUUGAGAGUUGGCAUUGUUUGCAAAGAGGCUCACAGCAACGUCACAUAAAUUUAAAUGACACUCCGAGCUACUGCUCCUUGGCCAUUUUCCAUUUCAGAUCUACGUUCAGCCAAGCCUGAUAGACAGAAGGCCAUCAAUGUUUUACGAAGAGCUCUACUGACUAAACUAUAUUUAUAAUUUCGUCGUGACAUUGCUGGAAUAGUUACUCACGCCUGCACGCACCCACUCGCACACCUAGAAUUACAUGCACUACAGUACAGACGAUCUACAUCUUUUAUCCAGCAUCUGAGGCAUGUUGAAAUAUAUAUAUAUCGGAUGACGCUGCAAGAUAUCCAUAUAUGUAGAGCCACGUAGCUUCGAGACAUGAUAACACAAAGACAACAAAAAGGAAGAUAACUUUAAAAUAAUAUUUGUUUUAUCCUUGCAAUGUGGGAUCAUUUAUACGUUUGUUCAAGUAAUGGAUCGGAAUUAAUAUUCAUUUGUUAGGUUCUAUUAUUAUAUUCUUAAUUUUGUGUCGGUACUGGUUAAACAAAAUUACAAUUAACUUUUAGCUUUUUUUUAUUGACCAUAAAAGAAAAUUGGUAAAUGCAUGUAAUUGUUUUCCUAUAAAAACGAAAUACAUUUGGAUGCCCUAUGUAUAAAAAAAAUAUUAAAGUCAU